UAGAAGCGGAGCGAGGUGGAGAGAAAGUACACGGGGAGAUCAUGGCGAAAAGAUUGCUACUCGAUUAUCACAAGAGUCUGCCGCUCAAUGGACUGCAAGCUACUACAGUUUUGCUUCUCAUUUAUGGGUUUACCUGUGUGUGCAGUAACGAGGUGCUGGUCCCAGAGAGGGUGAGUGCUGUGCUGGGGAAGAACAUUACUCUGGGCUGCAGGGUGGAGGUGGGCACCAACCUCAGCCUCACCCAGAGCUCCUGGGAGCGUCGCCUGCCCUCAGGCACCAUCACCCUGGCCGUCUUCAACCCCCAGUUUGGCAUCUCCAUCUCCCCAGACUACACCAGGCGCCUGUCCUUCCUGAACCCCUCCGUGCACGAUGCCACAAUUGUCCUGGAAGGCGUGGGAUUUCAGGACAUCGGGUCUUACACGUGUAAAGUGGCGACGUUCCCACUGGGCAACACGCAGGCAUCCACCACCGUCAAUAUACUAGUGGAGCCCAAGGUCUACGUCUCCGCCGGCUCUACGGCCCUGGUGGAUGGUGGUAAUGAAUCAGUGGCAGCCACCUGCAUAGCAGAGCGCGGCCGGCCUGCAGCUGAGGUGUCCUGGGAGACUGAGCUGUUUGGCCGCUCUGAGGUCCAGACGCAGGAUGAGCCCAACGGCACCUCCACCACCCAGGUGCGCUACGUGUUGGAGCCACGGAGACACUCCCAGGGCCACACGCUCACCUGCGUGGUGCGCCACCCGGCCCUGCAGACUGAGUUCAAGAUACCCUACGUGCUCAAUGUGCAGUUUGCUCCUGAGGUGACGGUGGUAGGAUAUGACCAGAACUGGUUUGUUGGUCAGGACAAUGUGAAGCUGGACUGUGGAGCCAAAGCCAACCCACCUGCCCAUCACUUCUCCUGGACCAGGUUGGAUGGGCCGAUGCCUGACGGUGUGGAUAUAGUGAACAACACUUUUACUUUCACUCGUCCUCUGGAGAGAAAUGACUCUGGACUGUACAGGUGUGAGGUGUCCAAUGAUAUCGGUGAACGCGGUCAGGACGUUCAUGUCUGGAUACAAGAUCCUCCCCCCACCACGGCACCAGUCCCCACAACCUCUACUCCCCUCUUCCUGAACACUAGUGACACCAGCACGGCCCCCAACAAGCGUCGAGGAGCGAGCGGCCACUCCACUUCACCCACUCUGGCCUCCCUGUCAGACAGCAGCCUGGGUACCAUAGUGGGCGGGGCUGUGGGUGGGGUUCUGUUCCUGGUGCUGCUGCUGAUCCUGGGCGGAGCCUGCUUCAUGCGCCAGCGGAGGACCUUCAGGGGGGACUACUACACCAAGCAGUACCUGGGCCCCUCCGACAUGCAGAAGGAGUCCCAGCUGGACGUGCUCCAGCCCCACGAGCUGCAGGAGGUCUACGGGGACGGGCCGAACUCUACCUACAAGGGCAGCCAGGAGCUGAAACCCAAGCCGGGACUAGGAGGGGACAUAAUUUACCCCAACGACAUCCAGGACAGGGAUGAUUGGGGCGACGGCCACAGGGGCCUCCGGGAGGGCAGCUACUUCCCUGCUGAGAACCAAAACACCAUCCACCACCCCAGAGGGCUGCCCGUUCACACCCCCACAGUGACCAACGGCUCUCCGUACCUGCCGGAGGACUGCUUUGACAACGGCACAGACAGCGAAUAUGUGUCCCACAUGGAUGGGUCUGUGAUCUCACGCAGGGAGUGGUAUGUCUGAGAGCUCCAGGGGAGCUGGAAAAUACCUUUUGGCUCAAAAUGACUUGGUGAGACAAUAAUUUAACAAGCGUUGAAAUAGAUAUAUUAUAGAGAAUUUAUAUCAGUUCAAUAAACAGACUCUUCUUGACAAGAAUGAACAUUCCCGGCUCAUUUGUGUGCUCUGACCCCAAAGACUUCCAUAUGACUUCCAUAUGGAGUGUGUUAUAACGUCGUGGCAUCUCAACAGAUGAUCGCAGGCUGGGAAUGGCAGUAAUCUGCUGUCAUUAUCGGCUUAACUUUAGAACUAGGGUUCAUUUGGCAAGGGUUUCUCUGUACUAGGCUGUUUCAACAGAUGUGAGCGGUUCACAUUGAGUCUUUCUGCUUUUAUGUAUGUAAACAUGACUCAUGAGUCUGGCAUUUUAGCCCUCAUUAGUGAAAUAUUUCUGUCCCUUUUAAACAUUAUUUUUUUAAUUUAAUUUUUACCCCUUUUUCUCCCCAAUUUCGUGGUAUCCAAUAGCUACUAUCUUGUCUCAUCGCUACAACUCCCGUACGGGCUCGGGAGAGACAAAGGUUAAAAGUCAUGCGUCCUCAGAUACACAACCCAACCAGCCGCACUGCUUCUUAACACAGCGCACAUCCAACCCGGAAGCCAGCUGCACCAAUGUGCCAGAGGAAACACUGUGUACCUGGUAACCUUGGUUAGCGCGCACUACGCCCGUCCCGCCACAGGAGUCGCUGGUGCGCGAUGAGACAAGGACAUCCCUACCGACCAAGCCCUCCCUAACCCGGACGACGCUAGGCCCAGAGUCUCUGAUGGCACGACUGGCGCUGCAGUACAGCGCCCUUAACCACUGCGCCACCUAGGAGGCCCCAUUUUAAACAUUCUGAACUAUGUUGCAUCAAUUCAAACCCCUCAUAUUCAAUGACAUUUCCCCCAAAAUGCACACUUUAUUGCUUGCCUGUAAUCAUAUGACUUUUUCAUAAAGGUACAAUUCUGGUUGCUUCUUGCUGUUGAGAACACCUAAAUCAGAUUGUUAUAUUUGAGUGCUGAAACUGUUAUGUGAAAGGGAAAAAGGAUUCAACAAUAUGACAAUUUGACAAGUUUAUGGUUCUAGAUGACAAUAGAACAUAUCCACAUGUUGAUGUGAGCAGGAUGUACAGUGAUGUUGUCAGGACUAUGAGACGUGAUAGGACUCCAUGAGGCACAUCAGAGGAACAAAUCUCAAGCUUAGCAUCUAUUUAGGACAGUUUAUUGGACAUGUUCUUUAGCAUUUGUGUCCCAACUGACAGCCUAUUCCCUAUACACUCGGUGGCCAGUUUAUUAGGAACACCCAUCUAGUAUUGACUCCGUUAUCAGCUUGGCGCAAUAGGAACCUGGGAUUCAUCGGCCCAGGCAAUGUUUUUCUACUCCUCAAGCCCUAUGAGCUCUGGUCAUACGUAGUGCACUAUAUAGGGAAUAUGGUGCUAUUUGGGACACUGACCAGGAUGUUAAUGCUACUAAAGGGUUGACAUCACCAGUGGUCUCAUCUCCAUUAGCUUGUAUUGACCUAGCAUUUCCUGUUCCUUCUUAGCCGGCUGCUUCAUUCUACCUGAGGACAUGCUAAAGGAUCAAAGUGGCCUCUCUAAAGCCUUGCCAUUAAAGGAAAGCGAUCUCUUCAGUCAACGGGUCGGGGGAGGGGAGCAUGACUGUUGGAGGAGGGGGUUAAAGAGGUGGUAAUCUCCCUGUGGUAUUUCCUGGUGGGGCUUGGUUUUUGCCUGAGGCUGCUUUGUUUCUCCUUGUGGGAGUUUGCAGAUUGAGGACACACUCUUUUUGAUUUGUUCCUUAUUAUUUUUUUGCUCCCAACCCUUUGGUGGUUUGUUAAACACUUGCAUAUCACACACACACACACCACAUGCUGCCUACUGCCGAGAACACUCCAACCCUGCCAUGUUCAAAGCCCAGCCCUCACCUCAAAGUUUUAGCUUUUUAAUUAACUUCUCUUGCCUGGAUUGACAUCGCAAAUGUUUGACCUCGGUGAUGUGUAGAGCAUCUGUGUAUGCAAGCACACUCAUGUUUUUUUUAUCUGUUUGAUUCAAGGCUUCCAGCGUGUGCCUGACUGAAAUGGACAGAGCCCCUCUGAAAACUUUUCUUAGCUUAGCUACUGCUCAGACAUCCACCCAGGGGUUGUGAGCACGUAGGCUAAAUACAAUGCAGGGAUACAUUCUCAUGUCUUUUACUGUCUGUCUGUACACACAAUAUGAGGUUAGCUUGGUCUUACUCCCUGUUUUGAACAUUUGUUCAAAUACAGGCUGGUCUUUGACAUGUCAUUUCAUUUGUAGUAGAAGAAAGUGAUUGAAUGUUUACUGAAAUUAUUUUUCUCCCUCUUUUUUUUUCUUUGGCAAAGCUUUUGUUUUCAAGUUGACCAUGUUUGGAAUGGAAAGAGAUUAAGUUAUUGUUGUGCCUAUACUGCCUUCCUUUCGUUUGAAUCAUUUAUUGUUUAUUCUUCUGCUUAUGUACAUACGUGUGUAUAUAUGUUCAUGGUUUUUAUGUGUGAUGAUAUCAGCCUGAUUGUCGGGAAGACAUUUGAUUCAUGUGUUGAUUUUAAGUACUGAAUGCCUUGGGAGAGAAAGGUUGGUGCCUUAUGUCUUUCUUUGUAAUAUUUAUGAUUUUGUUGCUUGUUUUUAAACCAGCGUAGUUGACUUAAGGUGAAUUGUUUAGCCUUAUACACACAGACACUUGUAGCAGCUCUUGGAGCAGCUCAAUUUGCAAUGUACCUAAAAAUUGUAUUUCACUGGAAAAUUACAUGGGUAGUACUUUGUUAGUACUAAGCAGGCCAGAAUCAUAGUCAAUAUUAUUGUUUUGUAAAUAUGCUGGCUGUUUUGUUUUUUUGUUGUUGUUUUUUAAAUUGUCACAGAGCAUUUCGAUUAUUUGAAGGUCAUUUAAAAUUAUGAGCACUAGUCUGUUAGUACUGGGGAGUUUUCCUCUUUCACUUCAUUUUACAAGAUAUUAGUUCUCAAAGGUUUGACUAAUUAUUUUGUUGCCAUUGUGCUAUUAAUUGGUUUGUCAAAAAUCACAUUGGAAACAAGGGAUAGAUAAUUGUUCUCUGUUUGUAAUAAAAGAGCAUCUUAUCUGAAUCAUA